AUGUCUCUUUCGUCUACUUCUGCUUUACGUUUUGGAGCAGAUUUUCCAGAAGUAGACGAGCCCAUUGAAAAGUUAUACAAAGAUGUGUUUUCGAUCUUAACUUUGGUUAUUGCACCCACUGAUCAAUGGCUAAAUCGUAGUUACCCAAACAAUAAAGGUCUUGCCAUAAAAAUCAUUAAGCAGCAACUCCAAACUAACAGUUUCGACAAAGAAAAAACUAAAGCUAAAGAAAUUUUAAAAGGGCUUCUGGAAUUAGGAUUAUGA